UCUCUCUCUCUCUCAACCCCUCCAAAACCUUCGGCCCUCCCUCUCUCUCCCCCGUCGCCGGAAGCGAUGAGUAGCUGGCGGACGCUUCUGCUAAGGAUCGGCGAAAAGUGCCCGGAGUAUGGCGGCGCCACCGACCUCAAAGAACACAUUGAAACAUGCUAUGGUGUAAUAUGGCGAGAAUUUGAGCAUUCUAAAGAUGACAUCUUUGAGCUCCUUCUGCAGUGUGCUGAACAACUACCACACAAAAUUCCUUUGUAUGGCGUACUGGUUGGUUUGAUAAAUUUAGAAAAUGAGGACUUUGCUAAGAGAGUGGUAGAUACCACACAUUCUAUCUUACAGGAUGCAAUAUAUUUGGGAAAUUGUAACAGGAUUCGUUUAUUGUUGCGGUUGCUCACAGGGCUGAUGUGCAGCAAAGUUAUCUUGCCUAGUUCAAUUGUUGAGGUCUUUGAGACACUGUUGUCAUCUGCUGCAAUCAUAGUAGAUGAGGAGGCUGGAAAUCCUUCCUGGCAAUCGCGUGCUGACUUUUACAUCACUUGUAUUUUGUCUUGUCUUCCAUGGGGAGGUGCUGAACUGAUUGAGCAAGUUCCUGACGAGUUUGAGAGAGUUAUGGUUGGUGUACAAUCUUAUUUAAGUAUCAGAAGGCACUCUCAAGACAUUGGUUUCACAGUGUUUGAUUCAGAUGAGGACAAAUUUCUCGAGGAAAAGGAUUUCGUAGAAGAUUUAUGGGAUCGUAUACAAGUUCUUUCGAACAAUGGAUGGAAAACCGAUAGUGUUUCAAGACCUCACUUGUCUUUCGAAGCACAAUUGGUGACUGGAAAAUCUCACAGUCUUUCGCCUAUCAGUUGCCCUGAGCUACCUGAACCAUCAACUUUACUUACUGCAUUCUCUAGAGGGAGAGAAAAACAUCAAGUCCAGUUGAAGUAUCCUCAGAGGCUUCGCAGGCUUAACAUAUUUUCUUCAGAAAAAGCUGAGAACAUGCAACCAAUUGAUCGUUUUAUUGUUGAAGAAUAUUUGCUGGAUGUGCUUCAUUUCUUUAAUGGAUGCCGAAAGGAAUGUGCUUCCUAUAUGGUCGGUCUGCCCGUACCCUUCCGCUAUGAAUAUCUGAUGGCAGAGACGAUAUUUUCUCAGAUACUAUUGUUACCACAGCCACCAUUUAAGCCAAUAUACUACACGCUGGUUAUCAUCGACCUUUGCAAGGCACUCCCAGGGGCAUUCCCUGCUGUUGUAGCGGGAGCUGUCCGUGCUCUCUUUGACAGAAUUGCUGAUUUGGACAUGGAGUGCCGCACUAGGCUCAUUUUAUGGUUUUCUCAUCACUUAUCAAACUUUCAGUGUAUUUGGCCAUGGGAAGAAUGGGCUUAUGUUAAAGAUCUUCCAAAGUGGGCCCCGCAAAGGGUUUUUGUUCAAGAAGUAUUAGAAAGGGAAGUUCGUUUGUCAUACUGGGACAAAAUCAAGCAGAGUAUUGAAAAUGCACCUGCUUUAGAGCAAUUGCUUCCCCCAAGGGGUGGGCCUAAUUUCAAGUACAUUAUUGAAGAUAGUCAAGAAGGCAUGGAAGGUCACACACUUUCUAAGGAGUUAAACAGCAUGAUUAGGGCAAGGAAGACUGCUCGUGAGAUUACUUUAUGGGUAGAGGAAAAUAUAAUUCCAUUACAUGGCUUUAAUGUUGCACUUGAAGUUGUUGUCCAGACUUUUCUUGACAUUGGUUCAAAAAGUUUCACUCAUUUAAUCACAGUUUUGGAGAGAUAUGGUCAGGUCAUAGCUAAGUUAUGUACUGAUCAGGAUAAGCAAAUUUUGCUACUAGAGGAAGUCAGUUCAUACUGGAAGAACAAUACCCAGAUGACUGCUAUAGCCAUCGAUAGAAUGAUGGGCUACCGACUCAUAUCCAAUUUGUCAAUUGUUAGAUGGGUUUUGUCUCCUUCUAAUAUUAACCAAUUCCAUACUUCCGAUCGUCCAUGGGAGAUUCUUAGGAAUUCUCUCAACAAGACCUACAAUCGUGUUACCGAUCUUAGGAAGGAAAUCCAAUCGCUCAAGAAGAGUGUUCUAUUAGCUGAGGAAGCCACAGUCAAGGCUAUGAAGGAGUAUGAGGCUGCUGAAUCAAAGCUAGACGUGGUGGAUGAUCAGCCUGUUCAGUCUGAAAAACCAGGAAGGUUAAAACGGCUUAAGGGGUAUGUGGAGAAAGCAAAAGAUGAUGAGACUUCUAUACAAGAAUCUUUAGAAGCUAAGGAAGCUCUCCUUGCUCGAGCACUUGAAGAAAAUAAGGCACUAUUUUUUUCAUUAUAUAAGAGCUUCAAAGAUGUGCUUAUGGAACGCCUGCCUCCUGUGUCUGCUGAUGGAAAGUUGCCCAAACUAAGGACUGCUAAUGUAGAUUCCGUGACUAUCGACUCUGAGCCAUCAACUAUGGAUGUGGACCAUGAUGAUGGAAAAACCGAUAAUAGUCAAUCAAAUGGUGAGAGAGUAUUCCACAGCUACACCACUGGGGAGCAGGAGCAGUGGUGCCUUUGCACAUUGGGCUAUGUCAAGGCAUUUUCGAGGCAAUAUGCAAGUGAGAUCUGGCCUCAUAUUGAUACACUGGACUCUGAAGUCUUCGCCGGAGACGUCCAUCCGCUUUUCCGCAAUGCUGCUUAUGCAGUGUCCCAUUUUGUUUUAUCAAAAAAAAAAGAGAAGAAUAUAAAGUCGGUGUCGGGUGAAAUACGCGUCUAUGUGCUUAUGCAGGUUGUCAUUCCUGUGUGACAUUCUUUCAUGCAUCUUGGAGGUGACGAGUCUUGUCGGAAUGCCCAGUCUGUAUCUGGCUUGUCUCCUGCUUGUCGUAUUCAUAAACAGCUAAGUUCUUUUGCAGUUCUACCCGGCGUCGCGCUGAUUGGCAUCUUUUGCAUGGUUUUAUCGCGUAGCAUGUAUGCGUGUGUGUAGGUUUUAUUGUGUAGCAGGUAUGUGUGUGUGUAGGUUUUAUUGUGUGGCAUGUAUGUGUGUGUCCACACACAAGCUCGGCUGGCCUUUGCCGAUGCUUUAAAGCACCGGUAAUAAAUCAACUGGUAUGGCACGAUACGUUUUUACCGACGCUAUAAAACGUCGGCAAAGACCUUAGCUUGAACCGACGCGACUAAUAAGCAUCGGCAGAAUCCAACGUAAGCCGACCCAAAAAAGCAUUAGCUUAUAAUGUCCGACACUUUUAAGCGUCGGUUAUCUCCGAACGAUGCAACGCUCAAAAGCAUCGGCAUAGAGUCAGAUAAAGAAAAACUCCCAUCUUCACCUGUCUGACGCUUUUGAAAG